AUGACAGUUCUGAAGAUAGAUACUCCUCUCGAUGAGUUGACCGCUCAAAGCGCCGAGAAAGAAGCGAUUGCCACGAGUCAACCCUUCACAAAGGAGGAGGGCGUAGAUGGACCACUUCUCUUAAUGUUGCUGAUGGGAAACAACAACAACAAUGCAUCGGCCAGGGCUCAAGCCGCUUCAGGGAAUCCCGUUUCUGACACCUUGAGCCCCGACUACUAUGCUCUCGAGUUGAGCUCUACUGUAAAUGACGAUGAAGGAGACAUUGACAACGAUUCAUCCACUAUCGAUGGCGAGGAUGGACCACUUCUAUUCGCACUGUUGUUAAAUAAUCAAAACAACAAUAACGUCCACCCUAACCAGAAUCCCAAUCUAAAAGAGAACAACGAAAUUUCCGAUACUUUGGAUCCUAGAAGUGUUGCUCUUGAGUUAAAGUUUCCAGUGAACAAUGAUGCAGAUAUCAAUGAUGUAUCCGUCGAAACUAGUGGUGAAGAUGGACCACUUCUAUUCGCACUGUUGUUAAAUAAUCAAAACAACAAUAACAACCCUAACCAGAAUCCCGACCCAAAAGAGAACAACGCAAUUUCCGAUACUUUGAAUCCUAGAGGUGUUGCUCUUGAGCUAAGACCUCCUGUGGGCAACAAUACAGAUAUCAAUGAUGCAUCCAUCGAGACCAGUGGUGAAGACGGUUCACUCUUAUCUGCAUCGAACAACACUGAUCAAUUCGUCAGUGAGGGUGGUGAUGGUCCCCUCCUUUUAACGAUGCUUCUUGCAAAUGAGAACCAGAACAACGGCAACAAGGCCACAGAAGCUAUGAAUAAAGCGAUUGCCGAUACCUUGGACCCCAGUGAUACUAUCACCGAAGCUAUCUCCAACGUUUUGGAGUCCAAAACCCGCUUAUUAGAGCUGCAUCCCUCUAAAGAUACUAUUACAGAAUCUAUUCCCGAUGUUUUAGAGAUGAAGACUCAACUGCUAGAGUUACACUCGCCUGGAAAUGACGAGGCCAAUAGCAUCCCCGUCAUGUUAAAGGUCAACUCUCAAGCUCAAAAAGCUCAGAUACUGGCGAUGCUUCAAGGACGUUCAAUUCCAGUAGCCAUCGCUUCGAAUGGUACCAAAGGGAGUUUUGCAAAUGGAACACUUGACAGAGCGCAAGUCACCGCUGCCAAUUUACAAUCCACGCCCCACGUUGCUCUUAACGAGGCCAAGAAUGGUAAUUUGAGCGACGAGCAACUGCAGUUUUGGAGAGAAAAUGGAUAUCUCGUCAUUCCAGAUACACUAUCAGAAAGCCAAAAAAAUCAUUUGCUUAAGACCGUGCAUGAAGCAGCGCAAGUACUUGCUGGCGGUGGCGAUAGAGUACAAAAACAUGCCUAUUUCGCGGGACAAAAAUCCUACGUGAGUCCUGUGGGCCGAGCACUCGCUACAUUGAGUGAACACGGCUUCAAUCCCGACGUCGAACCCCUAAAACGUAUCCAACGUAUCGGCUGCGGAAUCCACCGCGUCAUGCCCCCAUUCCGAAAAGCCAUCCUCAGUCCCUUCCACUCCACACUCGCCAGAUCCCUCGGCUACAAAGACCCUUGCAUAUACCAAAGUUUGAUUAUCGUGAAAGCCGCCGAGGUCGGCGCGCGCGUGAUUCCUCAUCAAGAUGGCUGUUCGGGUUUCACAAACCCAUCGAGUUGCACGACUUUCUGGUAUGCGCUUGAAGAUUGCUCGACGGAGAAUGGGUGUUUGGCGGUCGCGCCGGGUAGUCAUCGUGUAGAGCCGAUUACAAGGCGUUGUAUCACUAAUGGAAAUGGACAGCCGGUAUUUACUGAUUUGGAAAAGCCGGUUUAUGCGGAUAUUGAGGGGGUAGAUGAUUCGACUCUACCAAAGAAGAAUGAAAAGGGGGAGUUUGAAUAUAAGAAGUUGGAGGUGAAAGCAGGGACCUUGAUAUUGAUGCAUGGUAAUUUGAUGCAUAAGAGCGAGGCGAAUCGAAGUAGUAAGAGUCGCGUUGCGUUUAACUUUGGAGUUGUGGAGGGUGAACACGGGUGGCUAGAAGACAAUUAUCUUCAGCCUUAUGAAGGAACGACAGAGUUUGAGAAGUUGUAA